AUGGAGUAUCCAUUGGAUACUGUUAAAAUAGUGGAUCUUGAAAUUAAUACUGCUCCUCAACUAACAAACACUACUUUUACAACAGUUACAACAUGCUGCAAUAGCACUACAACUACAUCAACGAUAACAACAGCUGCUAAUGAUGCUGUUAAUUCUACUAAAAAUGUGGCGCAAUUGUCCAUUCCUGAAACACCAAUGCAAAUGCAAGUGUUGGAACAAAAGAUUGUAACUGAAACAAAAACCUUAACCACCAGGAGUACUAUAACAUCGUUACCGGCAGAGACACCGGUAUCAUUAAAUGUUGCACCAAUACAAUCAACUAAUCCUAUCACUCCUUCGGCCAUAGUUCAGCUUGAUCAGCAACCAGUAUUAGAAGUGUCAUCGAAUGCUGCAAAUGCGAUAAUUCAACAAAAUGAUUCAAUCAAUCCUACAACUACCGUUGAGGUGCAUCAUUCUACGGUAGAGGAAAAUGCAGUUGAUGAUCAAGAACCAUCGAUAACCAUACAAAUCGAAAAUGACGCAAAAGACCAAAUAGAACCAAAUAUCAAAUCGUCUACCACAACUAUUAUCAACAGUUCAGAUAAACAACUGAAACGAUGGCCAAGCAUAACGGAAUCCAAUUCUAGCGAAUUUCGUAAAACACAAUCUGAGCAUGGCAGACAACUUCUGGUGACACAGAAUAAUAAUGUAAAAGAAAAAAUGCCACCAACAACAGAUGAAUUAAGAGAUGCAUUAAAAGAGUUAGCAUCAACGAAACCACCAACAAAACGUCUCACUGAGAAGCAAAAAGAAAAGCUGAGUGCAUCAUGUGGACAUUUGCAUAUUCAAGAUGAUAAUGAGAUGAAAGAUGGUUCUAUUCGACAAUUAUUGGCUUCUACAAGAUAUGAAUCUCGCCGGAAACUUUCCAGUAUAUCGGAAAAAAGCAUUGAAAUGAUGAGUGGUGGAGGUCAAUUGAAACCAGCACCAAGCAGUAUUAGUUGUCCAACAACAACCCGUAUAAGCAAAGAUCAUGGACAACUACCGCGUACAUUGCAAAGAUACCGUGACAGUGCUUACGGAAUAUGGAAUUGUUUCUUCACAGAUCUAAUGGUACCAUUGAGCGAAGAGUUAACUAAUGUUAGUGGUCGUACAAAAACCGUACCUAUUGGUGACAAUUCUACAGCACGAAAUUCCUGCAGAUUUACAAAAACGCUCCCAAGAAGCUUCAAUCCAGUAGGUUGUAGUAAACUGGAGCGAAAUCGAACCAGUACUACAAUGAAGCACAGAAUGGAUAGCGAUACAAGUAGUUCCCGUCAACGCCCAAUCUCUAUCGUUGAUUCACGACCACCUUGGAAUUUUUCACCUUUCAAAGAUGGUGAUUUGGAUCGCAUUGCACCACUUCAACCUUAUUUUCCACAUAGCUCUCAACCGCGAAAAUGGCUUUCGGCACUGCAUCUUAACGAUGAACAUGCUACAACCUUACGAUCAAACAGACAAAAUAUCAGUAGGCGCCGGCAAAGUGACUGGAAUUUGCAUGAUGUUUCGCAUGCACGUAUAAUGCCUGCAUCACAUUCAGCACGAUUGCAUACCCGUUUAUCAUCUGCUAAAGUAUUACGGAAUAGUAGUGGCAUAAAAUGGACGCCAAAUGGUACCGAAGAUCACGGUAGACUGGCAAAAGAACAAUUAUGGUGGGAUGCACAUUAAGAAAUUCUAAUACUUG